CUCAUGGCAGCCCAGCAGAAACUUUACCCUCGUGGUACCGUCAAACGCAUUGUCAAGGCUCACUCGAAUCGGAGCGUGAGCAAGAACGCUGAUAUCCUGAUUUUUCUCGACUACAUGCUCUUCAUGCAAGAGCUUAUGCGCGAGGCAUCGAUCCGCUCGCGGAAAUCCGGGGAGAAAAAUGUGUCUGCCAGCUCUGUUCAAAAGGUCACCGAGAGGACAUUACGCAAGUUCAAGGGCUAAAUCCCAUCACUUGAUAUAUCGAAAGUAAAAGGUUAUGGGGUGUUUACCAUAUCGUCAGGGAGGGAGUCGGCGCAAUGGCUGUUGUACAAUUUGUUGUUUUCAUUUGCAGGGUCUGGAGCAUACUCACAUUCGUCUUAUUUGCUUUACGAUACCCCGGUCGGUUUCAGAUACAAAUCUAGUCAUCAUCAAGUUUGGAUUGGUGGCUAUGGGAGCUUUGCGUAGUUAUACAGCACCAUCUAGUAGCAAUGCGGCCCCAGGAAGAUUGACUACACAUAAUUAUGGGAAUUAUAAUACCUUAGGAGUGCUA